GGGGCAAAUUGACCGUCCCAUUCCCCAUCUCUCUCCUCGAGCAGAUGAGAUGUUGAAGGCGACUUCUUUAUGCCGUUGUCUCCUCCCCUCUGUCUGACUCUUAUCCCAAAUCCCCCUGAAAGCAUGCGAUCCAAACGCCUCGCUUCACACUCCGCGAACAAAGCUUCUUCUUCCUCCUCUUCUUCUCACUCCUCCGCGACUGCCGCCGACUCCCUACUGCCAACCACGGAGGACCCUCCCUCCACCAACGGCGGCCCCGGUGGCCGCUCGGCCCCCCAGACUCCUCCUGUCUCGAAACCCCUCCCGGAACCCCACGCGGCCGCCUCACCUGCCGCCACGUCGAGGCGUAGCGAGCGGAAGCGGAAGCCCCGCGAGUUCGGCGGCAAGAGCUCCCCCGAAAUCCGGCAGAAGAAGGUUUGGUCGGAGCACGAUGAGGUCGAGCUCCUCAAGGGCGCCCUCGCCUUCCGCUCCCGCACCGACGCCCUUCCCAAGCAGCCCACCAUGGCUGCCUUCUUCGCCUCCAUCAAGAGCUCCGUCGGCCCCCACCUCACCGCCGAUCAGGCCGGCUACAAGCUCAAGCGCCUCAAGAGCAAGUUCGUCCACUCAGCCUCCGCCGGUCCUGCCGCGGGCGCCACCGCCCACGACCGCCGUAUCUACGAGCUGUCCACCGAUGUCUGGGCCGAGGAGGUCAAACAUGGGGAUACCGAGGAGGAUGAGAGCGGGGACGUGGCCGCCGCGGCGGACGCUGAGGGCGAGGAGGAGGAGACGGGUGGGGACAAUGAUAGGUACCCGUUCAUCAGGGAAGCGGCGGCGGCGUAUUGGAAGGUGAACGGGCGGUGCAUGUCGGGGGUGCUUUUGGAGAAGGGGCUGAAGUUGAUUGAUCCGUCCAAGGGGACGGCGCUGGAGGAGAAGUUGAGGAAGCAGUGCGAGACCGAGAUGGAAUUAUGGAUGAAGCGGCUUGAUAUGUUGAAAGAGAUAUCUGAGCUGUUGCUUGAGGCCCAUAAGAGCUCCAGAUUGUAGCUUCUUCUUCAGAUAUGUUGAAUGUGUGGUACACAGAAUGUACUAAUUGUGGAUGAACCAUGCAUGGGAUGGCAAUUUUGCCUUGUUAUGCCUGGAGUGCCUACAAAAAGGGCUUGAAGAGCAAGCACAAGAGCAAUAAGGUAUGAUCAUAAAUUUAUCUAAUAAACAGAAUAGGUAUGUACCACCAAAGUCAGAAGUAGAACCCUAUUCAAGUACCUUUCAAAUAAAGUCUUUUCCUAUA